GGGCGAUAUAACCUUAUGGGACCACUAUAUGGAUGGUAUCAAGUAUAAUAACCUCCUGAACUGACUACUUUAAAGAAAUCUUCCUUCAGAAAGUUCAUGUUUCCAAGAUUCCUUGAUGAACUGGCCAGAAUCAUAAAGCAAUGUUAGGCCUCUCAGGAUGGAUAUCACCCGCCUGCUCCUGGCCACCCUACUGGUCUUCCUAUGCUUCCUCACUGCCUACAGCCACCUGGCACCUGAGGAGAAUUCUGAGGAUGACAAGAACCUGAAAAACAACUCCGAGAACCCAUCAGGUGUCUCUAUUGUGGCACUGAACAAGAAAUCCAAAGAGAUCAGCAGAAAUGAAGCAGAAGAGAGGACGAUGUCUUCCAAGAAAAAGGCUCCGAAGAAGGAAGCGCGGCCCCGGCCUCGGCCCCAGCGGCCCCCGCCCUGCGUGGCCACCCGCGAUAGCUGCAGGCCGCUGGCGCUCCCCUGCUGCAACCCGUGCGCCACCUGCAUAUGCCGCUUCUUCGGCAGCAUCUGCACCUGCCGCGUGUUCAACUACUACUGCUGA